AUGGCUUCAGGAAGUGAAGAUGAGCAACAUGGGGCUUGUUACUUUGGAUCGAAUUCAUACGUUCUAAAGUAUAGUUCUGAAUCAGAAAAAGAGCCACAGAAUAUGGAAGAAAUAGGACCACAGCAACAAAAUCAGCAUAAGCCAAGACUCACGAAUGAGUUAAGGCAACUUAUUUUCCAAGAGAUGUUGUCACUAAAAGUUAGUGACUCACUUGCUCAUGGUACAUUCAAACGCAUAGCUCAAAAAUACGGCUACACACAUAGAACCAUCCGAGAUUUAUGGAAACGAGUAAUACAAACCAAGGAAGCAAACAAACCAUACAUUGUGGAAUCCAAGUACAAAAAUUGUGGAAGAAAAAGAGUGGUCGUACCACCAAACUUACUUGAGUCUAGACCCAUUGGCAAACGCACUUGCAUUAGAGAUGUUGCAACAUGUUUAGAUUUUGCACCGUCAACGGUGUGGAAGUUGAUAAAAAGAGGCGAGAUAAAGGCUCAUUCAAAUCCACUACACCCGGCUUUAACCGAUGCCAACAAAAUAAGGAGGGUGAAGUGGAUUUUGAGCUUUAUCCAAGAAGACACCAUUCAAAGACACCCGAUUUACAAAGUAAUGUACGAUUAUAUUCACAUUGACGAGAAGUGGUUUUAUUUAACCAAGAAAACGCAAAGGGUUUAUUUAGCAUACAAAGAAAAGGUCUCAUAUAGGGCAGCGAAGUCAUCAAAGUUCAUACCUAAGGCCAUGUUCUUAGGGGCCGUUGCUAGGCCUAGAUGGAAUCGUUUUGGUCAAUCACAAAGAGAUUCAAAGAAUCGACCAAGGGGUUCAAUAGAAAUUAAACCAAUCGAAUCAGUUAAUCAAGAAGUUUAUAGGAGUAUGCUUAUACAACAAUUGAUUCUGGCUAUACUAAGAAAAUGGCCAAGUGAAAGACCUUCCAUUAUUUUUAUUCAACAAGAUAAUGCAAGGUUUCAUAUCACAAAUGAUGAUCCAAUAUGGCAACAACACAAUAGGCAUGGGGGUUUAACUUUCAUUCUUACUCAACAACCUCCAAAUAGUCCGGAUUGUAAUAUUCUAGACUUGGGUUUCUUUAGGAGUAUACAAUCACUUAUGCAUAAAAAGAUGCCCAAAAACAUUACAGAAUUAAUCACAGCAGUUGAGGAUGCAUUCGGAGAGUUACAUCCAAAGACCUUAACUAAUGUGUGGAUCUCAUUACAACACCAUUUAAAUGAGAUUUUAAAAGUUAAGGGGUCUAAUGACUACAUACAACCACACUUUGGAAAGAAGGCUGAAGAAGACAAUGGCAGGUUAAGGAUUCAAGUGAGAAUCCCAACACAAUUGGUUAGAGAAGCUGUAGCUUUUCUUAACCCAAACAGGGAUCAGCAACAAAUACAAGCAUUAAUAGAAAAUGAGGAUGCUGCACAAACAAUAGAGAUAAUUCAAGAAGCUUAUGAUCAGGCAGUUGAAUAA